UCGGCCCGACCGAAGGGCAGGUCAGCUUCUCCCAGCCGACCAAACCUGAGCACAUGUUGCUGGGCAGUCAGCUGCUGGCCACGCCGGGAGCCAGUCAGUCGCUGUGGCAAAGAUUAGUCCGAAGAAUGACUCGCUUCUUUACCAACGUGAACGCCGACGCCUCCUUAUCUGCCCUGAAAGACGUCUGUGACGGCAUGGCACUCGUCUUCAAACUCACCUGCACCCAACAGGUUACUGUGAGCACUCUGGACAAACGUAACAACAAGCUAAUCUUCAAGGUCCUUUUACUGGAGAUGAAUCAGCGAGUGUUGCUGGAUUUCAGGCUGUCUAAGGGUGACGGAUUGGAGUUCAAGCGACUCUUUGUGAAGAUAAAGCAGAAGCUCGGAGAUGUGGUCUGCACCCAGAAGAUUUUACUCCCCAUCACAUAAUAAACAGAGACAAACACACGCUGACAUGGACUUUAGAGACAAACUGUAUAUAUUUACAUGUUCCUGUUGUUAACACUUGUUUUUUUUUUAUACUCUUGAAAGAUCAAAACUUUAUAGAUCACGUAGUUUUCUACAAUUUGCCUUUCAUAAAGACGGAAGUGUUCUGGUUGUUUUUGCUAUGUUAAUGUUCAAAGCUGAAUAAAUUAAUAAAUAUCUUGUUUGCUAAAUGAUCUGUGAUAAUGAAAAAAAUCAUAUGUUUUAAU